AUGGGAGAGGAGAACCAAACCUCUGUGACAGAGUUUAUCCUCCUGGGCCUCUCACAGGACCCACACACCCAAGUCCUGCUCUUCCUCCUUUUCCUCAUCAUCUACCUGCUGACCUUGCUGGGGAACCUGCUGAUGGUGGUGCUCAUUCACAUGGACUCCAGACUCCACACUCCCAUGUACUUCUUCCUUAGAAACUUGUCCUUUGCUGAUCUCUGUUUCUCUACUACCACUGUGCCCCAGGUGCUUGUCCACUUCCUGGUGAGGAGGAAAACCAUUUCCUUUGCUGGGUGCUCAGUGCAGAUCAUUGUUCUGCUUCUGACUGGGUGUACAGAGUGUGCUCUUCUGGCGGUGAUGUCCUAUGAUCGGUAUGUGGCUGUGUGCAAGCCCCUGCACUACUCCACCAUCAUGACCCACUGGGCAUGCGUCAGGCUGGCUGUGGGGUCCUGGGCCAGUGGAGCAUUUGUGUCCCUGGUGGACACCACAUUCACCUUGCAUCUUCCCUACCGAGGAAACAAUAUCAUUAACCACUUUUUCUGUGAGCCUCCUGCCCUCCUGAAGCUGGCCUCAGCAGACACUUACAGCACAGAAAUGGCCAUCUUUGCCAUGGGCGUGGUGAUCCUCCUGGCUCCUGUCUCCCUCAUCCUGGUCUCCUACUGGAACAUCAUCUGCACUGUGAUCCAGAUGCAUUCUGGAGAGGGCAGGCUCAAGGUCUUCUCUACCUGUGGCUCCCAUCUCAUGGUGGUGGGUCUCUUCUAUGGUUCAGCAAUAUUUGCCUACAUGAGGCCAAACUCCAAGCUAAUGAAUGAGAAGGAUAAAAUGAUCUCUGUGUUCUAUACAGUGGUGACUCCAAUGUUGAACCCCAUUAUUUAUAGCCUGAGAAACAAGGAUGUCAAAGGGGCUCUCCGGAGAGUAACUGAAAAAUAA